AUGGUUGUCUUCAGCAAAGUCACCGCAGCUCUCGCUGGCUUUUCAGCCGUUGCCUCAGCUGUGCCAGUGAAAAGCCCUCGCAAGGGUUUCACGGUGAACCAGGUGUCCAAGACCCCUAGUCGCACUAGACAGGUCAACUUGCCUCGUGUGUACUCUCAUGCGCUGGCCAAGUACGGUGCCACUAUCCCAGCUCAUGUCCGCGCCGCUGCUGAGAGUGGCACUGCCAUUACCACUCCGGAGGAAUAUGACAUUGAGUAUCUGACUCCAGUCACCAUUGGCGAUACUACCUUGAACCUGGAUUUCGAUACUGGCUCUGCCGACCUCUGGGUCUUUUCCGACCAGCUCUCAACUUCCGAGCAGAGUGGCCACGAUGUCUAUGACUCUAGCACUGGCACCAAGCUGUCGGGUUCUACCUGGUCGAUCUCAUACGGAGAUGGAAGCUCUGCUAGCGGUGAUGUCUACACGGAUGAAGUCAACGUUGGUGGAGUUGUGGCCGCCGAACAAGCUGUUGAGGCUGCCGAUACCAUUAGCUCACAGUUCGUCAGCGACAAGAACAACGAUGGCUUGCUGGGCCUUGCGUUCAGCUCCAUCAAUACCGUCAGCCCUAAGGCUCAAAAGACCUUCUUUGAUAACGUCAAGGACCAGCUCGAUGCACCUGUGUUCGCUGUGACUUUAAAGCACGGCGAACCUGGCACCUAUGACUUCGGGUUUAUCGAUGACUCCAAGUAUACCGGAGAGGUGGUCUACACUGACGUUGACAGCUCUGAGGGAUGGUGGACCUUCACUGCCGAUAGUUACACGGUUGGCGAUGGUUCUGCCGGCGACUCUAUCACCGGUAUUGCUGACACCGGUACCACCCUCCUGCUUGUCGAUGAUUCGGUUGUCGAAGCCUACUAUGCUAAGGUUUCCGACUCCGAGGACAACUCUUCCGUUGGUGGUUACACUUUCCCUUGCGACGCUGACCUGCCUGACUUCACUGUGACCAUUGGCCGCUACGAUGCUGUUGUUCCCGGUGAACACAUCAACUAUGCCCCUAUCACAGAUGGUAGCUCCACCUGCUACGGUGGUAUUCAGAGCAACUCUGGCAUUGGCUUCUCCAUCUUCGGUGACAUCUUCCUCAAGAGCCAGUACGUCGUUUUCGACGACGAGGGACCUCGCAUUGGCUUCGCCGCCCAGGCAUAA